UUUUGAUCACCAACUUCUUUUACUUCAUCUCUCCCCUGCAAAUCAUGCAUCCUCAUUCAGUCGUUCAUUCGGUCAUUCUUCUCAUCAAAGAUCAAUCAAGAAGAUGUCGUCGGCUGUGGCUGCAGCUGCUUCCUCUUCUUGCUCCACAUUAACCAGAAAUCAUUCUCUUCAACCCACCACCACAACUCCUCCGAAAUCACUCACACCUGUUCACAACCAGAAAACCUCCUUUCAAGGUCUCUCACUUCCCGAUGCUAAAAGGGGUCUGCCAAAUUCUUUCAUAGCAGAGAAGAAGAGGAGCGGUUUUAAGCUCAGAAGAAGAAAUCUCGAAAUCACAGCAAGGACUGCUGGUGCUGCAAAGAACAUUGAAGUUGAAGUCGACAAGCCUUUAGGUCUCACUUUAGGCCAAAAACAAGGUGGUGGAGUUGUCAUCACUGGUGUGGAGAGUGGCGGGAACGCUGCAAAGGCAGGGCUCAAGGUAGGGGAUCAGGUACUAUACACAAGCAGCUUCUUCGGGGACGAACUUUGGCCCGCAGAUAAACUUGGAUUCACCAAAACUGCCAUUCAAGCAAAGCCUGAUUCUGUCUACUUUGUAGUUAGCAGAGGUGUGGAUGUAGAUGUAAAGCGGUUACCAAAGCGCCCUGCACCACCUCGCUUUGGACGGAAGUUAACUGAAGCACAAAAGGCCAGAGCAACUCAUAUAUGCCUUGAUUGUGGGUAUGUUUAUACCUUACAGAAACCAUUUGAAGAGCAGCCGGACACAUAUGCAUGCCCACAAUGUUCAGCGCCAAAGAAGCGGUUUGCACGUUAUGAUGUUAAUACUGGAAAACCAAUUGGUGGUGGGUUGCCUCCCAUUGGGGUUAUAGUUGGGUUAUUGGCUGGAAUUGCAGCAGUUGGAGCGUUACUUGUUUAUGGACUUCAAUAGUGCAGUUUAUUACUAUUUUUUUUUUUUAAUUAACUAGUGGAAUGGCCCGUGCGACGUGGUAUUUGAUAUUGAUGGUGAUGUUUGACUAUGCUUUUACAUAUUGGGCAUAGAUGAAAGUUCAUAUACCGUUCAAGUCUUAAGACAA